UGCUCUCUGUUGCCAUAUAGAUUACAGAGGAAACUGUUAUAUAUAAGUAGCAAAUAAGACACUCAGAAAAAUCCACUUCCAGUCUUUGUGAUUAGUGAUCCAGGACUGAUAUGUUGAAGAUGAAUGUGCUGUUACAGGUGUUGGUGUCAUUUGAAGACCUGGCUGUGGACUUCACCAAGGAGGAAUGGCAGAACAUGAAUCAUUCUCAGAGGACCCUAUACAGGGAUGUGAUGCUAGAAAUCUAUAGCAUCCUACUGUCCUUGGUUGCUAACAGAAAGGAUGACCUUAUCAAAACCAACCAGAAAAGUGAAGAAGUAAAUUUGAGGGGACCUGAUGAAAUACCAGCUGGAGAGAAACCUCAUGGACCUAAUGUCACUGGGAACUCACUCCAAUACUUGGAACAUCUUAGUCAACAUCACCAGAUUCAGAAUAUACAGCAGGCUUUUGAACACAGUGGCCAAGGGAAAUGCUAUAACAGGAAGAGACUAUCCUUUGAAUGUGAGAGGAUUUGUGUGGAACACACCUCUAAUAAAUCAACUGUCAUUUCAGGAAACAAAACUCUGGUUGAAAGUAAAAAUUUCCAUAAAAAUGUCUAUCUCAAUAAAUAUCAAAAAGCAGGAGAGAAUCUCCAUGGAUCUUUUGAGUAUGAUGAAUCUCUGAAUUACAAAUCAGAUCUUACAAUGUAUCAGAGAACACAUAUGGGGUAAACUGUCCAUAUAUGUAAGCACUGUGGGAAGUCUUUCAGCUGUAAAUCCUGCCUUACUAUCCACCACAGAACUCACAUAGGGGAAAAUCUCAUUGAGUGCAUUGAAUGUGGGAAAAGCAUCUACCAGAAGUCAGACAUCACUAAAGACCAGAGCAUUGCCACAUGGAAAAUCUUCAUGAAUGUAGUGAGUGUGGAAAAGCCUUUUAUCAGAAGUCAUAUCUCGUUAAACACCAGAGAAUCCACACAGGAGAGAAACCUUAUGAAUGUAAGAUAUGUGGGAGAGCAUUUUGCCAGAAUUCACAACUUAGUACACAUCAGAAAAUUCACACAGGGGAGAAACCUUAUGAGUGCAAUGAAUGUGGAAAAGCCUUUUAUCGGAAAUCACAUCUCGUUAUGCAUCAGAGAACUCACACAGGGGAGAAACCUUACAAAUGUAAUGAGUGUGGAAAAGCCUUUUCCCAGAGUUCAGUCCUCAAUAAACAUCAGAUAAUUCACACAGCAGAGAAACCUUAUAAGUGAAAUAUAUGUGGAAAAGCCUUUCGUUGGAAGUCAAGUAUCAUUAUACAUCAGAAAAUUCACACAAGGGAGAAAUCUCAUGAAUGCAAUAAUUGUGGAAAACCCUUUUGCCCCAGGACUGCCCUCAUUAGCUGUAAGAGAAAUCAUACAAAGGAGAAACCAUGAUUGUAAUGUGUUGAAAAUCAUUUUGCCACAGGUCUGCCCUCAUUAACUAUCAGAAUUCACAGAAGAGAGAAACCUUAUGAAUGUAAUAUGUGUGGAAAAGCAUUUUGCCAGAAGUCCCAACUAAUUUUUCAUUAGAGCAUGCUCACAGGGGAAAAAAAAAUCUUAUAAAUGCAAAGAAUGUGUAGAAACAUUUUUUCCAGAAUUCAAGGCUCAGUAGUCAUAAAAUUCACACAGAAGGAAACAUUUUCAAUUGACUAAAUAUAAAAAGGACAUAUUUUCCAGGAAUACAUGUCAGCAUACAUGAUAGAAUUCACACAAAGAAGAAAACCAUGAUAAUGGAAUCUUUGUGAACAAUUACUUUGACAGAAGUCUUCAGCACACAUGAGAGAAAUCACAGGAGAAAAGAUACAUGGAUAUAGAUGAAAAUUUUCUACCAUAGGCCAGCUGUUAUUAUCAGAGAACUUACAGAGGAAAAUCUCUACACAUGCAAUGGAAGUGGAAAAUCCAUUUACUCAAAGGCAAUCUUCAGCAAAAAUUACUGAAUUUUGCAAAGAAUGCACUGUAUACAUGUAUUGGAUGUGAAAAAAUGUUUUUGCAAAUCAAACUUCAACAGAUUUUAGGGUUUUCACAGGAGGAAGUAACAAGGUAUGAAGACCUGCUAUAUGUUCUUCAAAAUCAUCUUCCUUUGUGUCAUACAACCUGCAUUUUUAGCUUCCCUACUGUGAGUAGGACAGUGGAAAUGAGCUCUGCUUUCACAUGUGAGUGUUAAUAAAUAUUGCCUAUAAUAUUUACUUAAGGUGCCAUUCUCAUUUACAAAGUUACUUGAUGCAGAUGUUGUGUUGUCUGCCUAUGAUUUUCCCCCUACAUUAUUCUGGUACAGAACAGUGUUAUGAUCACAGUCACAUCACCUCACUCAUUUACGAGCCAUAUGCUCUAUUUUUAGCUUUGGAUAAUGAGUAUUUUGCCUAGGGUAGGGAGUGAGUCUCCUGUAGUCAUGAGUCUCUGAAGCCAGCAGAAUCCCAAACUUUACUUUGUGUAUGUCUUCUAGACUGCUGCUUUUUCCAGCUUCUGUGCUUUUCCUAUUUCUACUUUUUUAUUUAUGUUUAAUUUUAUUUGUUA